UACUGCAUAGGCGUAAAGGAACAAGUUUGCAGUUUUAAAUGAAGCAUGAGUUUACAGCUGUAUGUGUACAGUUGGAAAAAGUGGCUUAAAAGUGAAACGUUAAAAAUCGAUUAAAAUACAAUAUUUUAUGUUCGAUAAAUAAACGAUCAUCCAGAAGACUAGCACGGAAUUUUAUUGCGUUACGCCAUGUUUACCGAUGUGAGAAAAGUACACCAGAUGUAUUGCAGAAUUCGUACAAGAUGUCUGUGUUAAAAAUUUCUUAUGCGAAUCGAAACAAUGCUCAUAUGUUUAUGUAUAAACUUCAUAUGUAUAAACCUCAACGCGACAAGUAAUCUGCUUGAAUAGAAGCAAAACGAUAUGUACGAAUGCUAUACAACGUUCAGUUUAAACAUAUUUUUUUGGAUCGUAUAAAAAACGUCUGGCGAGAAACAUCUGUAUUUUUAACUACAUACUUUUCUGGAAACCGACGAUCCAUUGUCAAUUACGAUGAUAGUCAUGUAUACAUUUAAACCAUUUAUGUUCAUGAAACAUGAAGCACAGAGUCUAGAACGUCCAAAAGCUAGAAGUGGACAUAGAAUAGUUUGUGAUCAUAAGAACUUGUAUUCUUAUGGUGGAUUUAAUCCGUGUAUCUCUGAUACUGAUCCUGAAAUGCGAAAUGAUCAGACUUGGAUUUCUAGUAAACCGCUUUUCAAAGAAGUUUGGAAAUUCAAUCUUGUUACACAACAAUGGAAGCGUUUACCAGGUCAAGAUAAUAUGCCCAAUGAAUUGGCAUCUAAUGCAGUGAUUUUAAGGGGUAAUGUCCUAAUGGUUUAUGGUGGGACUGGUGUACCAUUUGGACAUAGUUGUAGUAAUCAUCUUUAUGUGUGCAAUGUUAAUGAUGGUAAAAUGUACAUAGUUCCUGCAAAAGGAGAUCUACCUGAACCCCAAUAUGGACAAGCUUUAGUAUGUCAUGGGUCAUAUUUAUAUACUGUUGGUGGUACUACAGGAUACGAAUAUACUUGUGAUAUUCAUAGAUUUGAUCUUAGGACUGGUGUUUGGGAAACUGUUUAUAUUUGUUCUGGAAGAGAUCAGAGUGAACCUACAGGACGAUAUAGACAUGAAUUAGCUUUUGAUGGAAAACUUAUAUAUGUUUUGGGAGGUGGAACAGCUACAGAAGCAUUUGGUUUCUUGGAAAUCCCUGCCUUUGACUUAGAAACAAACAAAUGGAUAAUAUUAAACACGUAUGGUGAUAAUGAUGAUAAUACAGUACCAGAACCUAGACGUUGUCAUGGAUCUGUGCAAUAUACAGAUGAAAAAACAGGUGUUACAUCUGUGGUAAUUUCUGGAGGGUAUAAUGGAGAUCAUGUUUUCUCUGAUGUUUGGAGAUUAGAUUUGAAGUUGCUACAAUGGACACGUUUAAGAAAAUGUAUACUUCCACGUCCUGUGUAUUUCCAUUCUGCAACUCUUACUCCAGAAGGACGCAUGUAUACAUUUGGCGGUAUUAUUAAAGAAAAUAAUAAGGUUGUAAGAACUGAUGCAGUUCAUUCUGCAUGGUUAACAAUCCCUAAAUUAUCAGAAAUAUGUUGGCAAGCAUUAAUUUAUUACUACCCAGAUAUAAGGUAUAAAUCUCAAGAUGAAUUACUUCACAUGGGCAUACCACUAAAAUUUGUGCAAAAAAUUGAUUGGUAUGAUGCAUAAUAUUUAAGAAACUCUUUUGAUAUUUGCUACACAUUUAAAGCGUUA